AACAUGGGCAUCUUUCUGUGCAGCAAAUCUCCUUGACUCAAAGAAAGGCAACAGAUGAAUGGGAAUAUCACAUUGUAUAAGUUCCCUGAGAAGCAACAUACCAUUCUGACUUGGAACUAUAUCGACAUUCUUUCGCUAUCAUUGAGGCAAAGUCCUGGAACUCUCUUCUGACCAGCAGAGUAAUUAUAAUGCAAUUAACUGUCAUGGUUCAAGAAGGCAGAUCAUCACCAAGGGCAGUUAGGGAUGGGCACAAAUGCUGACCUAGCUAGUGACCCCAACAUUCUCUAAAAGUAUGAUAAAGAACUGAGGAGUCAGAUCUUCAGCAAAGGAGGAGACGGGGUUGGAGGAAAUCAUGUUUCUAUUUCCUAUUUUACAGAAGGAUUGCACCAUACUACACCAGAGAAUACAGAGAGGAUAGACACUGCAGAUUGAUCCUGACCAUCACCCAGGGAACAUCUGCACAAUUGUGGGAAGGCAUUCAGUUCCUUCACACCAUUGCUCAACAGUUGGGCAUUCAAACCAUCAUCUGGAAAUCGUUUGGAUAAGGGGAGCUUUGACAUAUCAUUAACCACUCUCUCAUUCCUGCAGGUGUGAGACUGUUCAAAUGAGAGGUCUAUGAGGAGGUUACCCAAUCUUGUGAGGAUUUGGUACAGAGCAGGUGUACCUGCCAUACUACUAUUAACGCACGGCCAGCUAAAUGGAAGAGAAACCAUUCAAGUGUGAGGUUUGUGAUCGAACUUUUGCAAGGUCAUUGACACUCACAAAUCACCGACGCAUUCACACUGGGGAGAAGCCAUUCAAAUGUGAGGUUUGUAACAAGGGCUUCACACAGUUGUCAGGCCUGGUGAAACACAGGCCCAUUCACACAGGAGACAAACCAUUCAGAUGUGAGGUUUGUGACAAAUCUUUCUCACAGUCAUCCAGCCUCCUUGUACACCAACGCAUUCAUACUGGAGAGAAACCAUUCAGAUGUGACGUGUGUGAUAAAGCGUUUUCAACAUUGGCAGAACUUCGAAAACACCAACGAAUUCACACAGGGGAGAGACCAUUCACGUGUGAGGUGUGUGACAAAUCGUUCUCUCAGUCGUCUACCUUCCAUACACACCAACGCAUUCACACUGGUGAGAAACCGUUCAAGUGUGAGGUGUGUGAUAAAUCAUUUUCGCGAUCAGGGAACCUCUAUGCACACCAACGCAUUCACACAGGGGAGAAACCAUUUACUUGUGAGGUUUGUGACAAAUCAUUCUCAAGGUCAUGGAGCCUUCUCCUCCAUAAAAGAAUCCAUAUGGGGAAGUAACCAUUUGAUGUUUGUGAACAUUUUGCUGUGACUUUGUAAAAACCCAGAAUUCAUACGAUGAAACUUUUCAGGUGCAAUGUUUAUGACUAGACUUUCCCAGAGUUAGGGUAUGUCUUUGUCCAUCAAUGUACUAACAUGGAAGGAAGUCUGUUGCUCUUACUUCUGUAAUAAAACUCUCACACAGUUGUUGGAAUUCAUCGAACAUGAGCGAACCCAAACAAAUUCCUACCAAUCUGGGAUCACAUUGUUUAACUGUACCCAGUCUCACUGUGCAGGAUGUUCAGUGGGACUGGGACACAGAUCAAGAAGCAGCUUUCACUCCCAUCAAACAACUAGUGAUGACAUCACCGGUGCUGAGGGAUUAUGAUGUAACAAUGGAGUGACCCUGCAGUGUGAUGUCAGUGAAACAGGACUUGGAGUAACCCCCAGGCAGUGAGGACAACCCGUUGUAUUUGUAUUCAGAGCAUUAACACAAACUGAACAACACUGUGUACAGAUUUAUAAAUUUGUUUGUGAAGAUUCCUUCCACCACCUGUUUUUGAGAGUGCAAGAAAUGGUGGUGUCUGACCACAAGCCAAUUCAAAGCAUCUUUUUCAUUUCAGGCUAUUCUCAUUCAUUGUUUUAUGUGAGUGAAAGCAGUUUUUUCUUCUGUACCCAAUACCACUGUAAAUCCUUACCUGGUAUAGAGAUUUGCAUGAUGACAUAGUAUCUGUUCUAUAGGAUUUGCACAGGAUGUUACUUUGUUUGUAGAGAUAUCACUUGGAAAUGAAGUACCAGGGAGCAGAUAGACAUUGUUGACAGACAGUUAUAACUCCCCAAGACACUGUGACAAAGUUUCUUGACUCUGAAUUAGAUUAUGUAGAGGAACCUUUACCCUGGAAAGAUUAAACAGGUACAAACGUGGUCACCUUCUAGGCAGCUGUGUAACUAACCUCCUAAUUACACACACCGAAGCCUCACAACUCCCCAUUUCAUCCUCUGACAAACCAAUUGAAUCCUUCAUUGAUGUAUAUGAGACAGUCUUAGAAUGUAGCAAGUAUGUCCCGAAAAAGUGAAUUGUUGUCCAGUCCAGCAACUAAUGAUCUGUGAUUUUUGAGAAGAUUUGUAGCUCAGGUUGAGGUUCAGCUUAUAAGUUUGCUCGCUGA